AUGGCGACAUCAACUAAAACCCAUUAUUUUGAAACAUUUGUCGAAGAAUCAAAAGUUGUAACAGUUUUGAAAAAAUUUUUAGACGACGGGGAAUUAUGCUACUAUCGUUACGUGGCCAUACCCAAUAGAUUGGGGUUAAGAAAGAUGGAGGGGAGAUGGGGUAUGAAAAUAUAUGGGGUUUUGCAGUAUAAUCAACGCAUGAGUAAGAAAGCUGUUCGACAGAUGUUUUCAAGUCAACGCGUAUAUAUGGCAGCAUUGCUCACGGCGAAAAGACCGAUUGUAUUAAUGCUGGUGCGGCUGUAUGUGGUCUGCGAAUGCUACGGUUUGAGUUACACUGACACACGAUGUUCAAACACACCGAUUGGGUUUGGGGGUCGAACAACUACAAACGAAGUAAAAUAUAUGAAACCUUAUAUUAAGGCGUUAACCCAUUAUGAGGAUUGUGAGAGAUGUGAUUUUAGUUAUCGUGAUUUAGAGGGUGCACGUCAAAUUUGUAAAUAUAAAAGUAUGUUACGAAAAAAAAUGGAAAAACGAAACAUGCCCUUAUUUGGUCGUUGA